AUUGGACGUUUCACGCGUUUUCGUGUUCCCACGGCAAUAUUGCCACUAAGCCAUUGAAAUAUAUCAAGUUUCUUGAUUUAUCUUCGUCUCAAAAGUCAAACCCACUAUCGCUUUUACUCUUCCCAUACUCCGAAUUGCUUCUAGAACGGACAUCACGGAACCUCCGCGCCCCCCCCCCCCCCAAUAUCCGCUUUUUGUGUUCUUUUCAUUUGAGAUUUUCGGUUUUGCUCAUUCAUCAAGAAAUGAACCAGUUUUUAUUCUUUUUUCUUCUAUUCUUCUUUUUCUUCUCUUUGUUGGCAAAGCUUUCUCUUUCUGAUCCAAGAGCAACACAGGCAGCUUUGGUAUGCACCAACAGAACCGCUUCAACAACAGGGCGCCAAACCUUCAUAGCAAAUUUCUUAGCGGUCGUGGAAACCUUUACCCCACUCAUCGUUCAGCAGAGGUACGCAGCUGUUGUCAAGGGAAGUGGUGACACCAAAGUGUAUGGAUUUGGCGAGUGCAUGAAAGAUCUUGAUCAAAACGACUGUAACGUCUGCUUUGCUCAAUGCAAAGCGCAGAUCCUGAGCUGUUUCCCAUAUCAGUUAGCCACACUGGGAGGCAGGGUUUUCUAUGAUGGUUGUUAUUUAAGGUACGAUGAUUAUAAUUUCUUUAAUGAAAGUUUGAGUGAAGAAGACCAAACUGUUUGUGCUGCAAAUGAUGUUGCUUCCGGUAACCAGACAGUUUUUAAAGUUAAUGUGAUGCAGUUGGUGAGAAAUUUGAGCGUGGAAGCUCCAAAGAACGAUGGGUUCUUUGUGGGGUCUGUGGGUAGAGGGAAUGUGUCGGUUUAUGGAUUGGCUCAGUGUUGGGAAUUGGUGAAUGGGAGUGCUUGUGAAGGUUGCUUGGCCAAUGCGGUUUCUAGGAUUAGUUCAUGUCUUCCCAAGGAAGAAGGGAGGGUGUUGAAUGCUGGUUGUUACUUGAGGUAUUCAACAGAGAGGUUUUAUUACAAUUCAACUGCUCCUCCAGUUGUUGGGAAUCGAGGACGCAGAAAAUUAGCAAUUAUCAUGGCUACAACAUUCUCCGCUGUGGCUCUAACACUGAUUAUUGCAACAGCUAUUUUCUUUGUGAAUGAGAAACUUGUAAAGAAAAGGAGAGAGAGUAAGCAAUUAGGAGCUUUAUCGCCCAUCUUGAACAAGUCCAAGUUGAAUUUCUCAUAUGAAUCUCUUGAAAUGGCUACAAAUUACUUUAAUGACUCCAAUAAGCUGGGACAAGGAGGAUCUGGUUCUGUGUAUAAGGGAACUUUACCUAAUGGGAAGGUUGUCGCGAUAAAGAGGCUAUUUUUUAAUACGAGGCAAUGGGUGGAUCAUUUCUUCAAUGAAGUCAAUUUAAUCAGUGGCAUAUAUCACAAAAAUCUUGUAAAGCUGUUGGGAUGCAGCAUUACAGGCCCAGAAAGCCUUCUUGUUUAUGAAUACGUGCCAAACCAGAGCCUUCAUGAUUACCUCUUCGUUAAAAAAGAUGUUGAGCCGCUAAGAUGGGAGGCACGAUACAAGAUCGUCUUGGGUACAGCUGAAGGCUUGGCCUAUCUGCAUGAGGAAUCAAAGUUGAGGAUCAUACAUAGAGACAUAAAACUUAGCAAUAUUUUGCUUGAUGAAGGCCUUACACCAAAAAUUGCUGAUUUUGGGCUUGCUAGACUUUUUCCCGAAGAUAAGACUCACAUCAGCACUGCCAUUGCUGGCACAUUAGGUUACAUGGCUCCGGAAUAUGUUGUAUUUGGCAAGUUGACUGAGAAGGCGGAUGUUUAUAGUUUUGGUGUUCUUGUUAUUGAAAUCACUUGUGGGAAGAGGAAUAAGUGCUUCUCUCUAGAUUCAAUCUCUAUCCUACACAUGGUUUGGAAACAUUAUGAGGCGGAUAAACUCUGCCAAGCUGUUGAUCCUGUUAUAGAGGAUAAUUUUCAAGAAAAGGCCUCUAGGUUGCUUCAAAUUGGCCUACUCUGUGUACAAGCCUCUACAGAAAUGCGACCAUCAAUGUCAAAAGUUGUGCAAAUGCUUAUUGAUGAUACUCUUGAAAUUCCUCGGCCAACACAGCCUCCUUUCUUGAAUUCUGGUAGCUCGGAAGUUAGCCGAAACAUUUCAUCUGCAACUUGUGAUUCUCAGCCAGAGUCUUACACCCACUCUUCAUGGAAUAGUAUGACAUAGUAUGAUUGAGCCUAGAUGAACUGCUUUUUUGUAAAAUGUUUGGCACUGGAUUCACGAAGAUGGACAUGCUAGGUUCUGCUGAUCUUGACUUGGGCUCGUCUUUAGCUUCCUGAUUUUGUGUUUCUGGCAGCACUGUACAAAUGUCUUUCUGCACUCUUUGGAGGCAUAAAGUGACGUAGAUACCAUAGAAUUCAAAAUGAUUUAGAUCAAUUACCUCGAAUGUUUUCUCGUUGUAAUGUUUGCCAUAGUGUUUCUAACACUGACUAGAGCUGCAUUCUUCCUGUAAACUAGUUAUAUAGAAGAUUGAUAUUUGUAAUCAAUGAGAUAUUCUGUAAAUACUAAGAUCAUACAAGAGAAAGAUCUCAAUUUUGUAUGCUAUGUACUCCAUAUUUUCGUGGUAAUGAUGUUUUUGUUAGGUUUAACUUUUAAGAUGCUAUUGACAGUUUUGUUUUUUCCUUUUCAUGGCUCUAAUUUUACAUCAGGAAGUACUUUUAAUAUUUUGUGUCCGCAUUGUUUUGACAGAAAGAGUAGCAGAUCACUAAGAACGAACCAACAUUAUCUUUUCUUAAUUUCCUUUCUCUGGACAGCAUUAUACCUGUUUGUGCCGAGCUUCGACCUUAGGACAUUCCUAGAAAAAUAGAAAAGAACGACGGUAAGUGGCAAAGGCAAGGUGUAUUCUUUGCAUUUACAUUCCGACACAUAAGUCAAAUAGAAAAAGGUAGAGAAAAAAGUAAGGAGGAAAUAGGUCUAGGAUCAACUUAUUUUAGUGGUGUAUGAACCUUCAUAUUUAUAAAUGAGCAAUUGGGACCAUCAGGAGACAAUAAGGAUAGUGCGGAGCUGAUGUGGCAAUGAGCAUGUUAAACUGACCUGACAUGUCAGAUCGGUGCAAAUGAUAGAAAUACCACUGAUUGUUUGCUAAAGGCUUCUAAGAAGGAGAAAGACUAUUAUGCCCUUUUAACCAUCAAAUGGUCUUAACAUUUUGUCCUUCUGCUAGGCAAUCUGAGUGUCAGGCUGCUGGAUGUUUGAUCGAUGCAUCCGAUGUAAGGUAGGUGGAAAUAAUGUGAAAUUUGAUUCUUUGAGGCCAACAUCAUGGAAGAUGUUGGUAUCGGAAGAAUAUUGAGUCGUGGUCUGAUAUGGUAAGGAUCUGAUUUUUCUCAUAUGCCUUGAACUAAGUGCAUAGCUGGCUUGAAAGUUACCAAGGUGUAAAUUGUUCGAAGUGAUUCAAAAUUGAUGAAUGAGCUCAUCUAGUCAAUGUGAGAGUUGUGUUUUAUUUCAAGGGUUUAGGUUUGGGAAACUUUACUUUGACUUCUGGUGACAAGCUAGGCAUUCGAUUUGUUCUAGGGAGUUGUCUAGUCUAGCUAAUUUGAGCUA